UGGCACGCUCCUAUCCUCCAUCUGCGGCUAUAUUUCACAAACCAGAGCUAGAUCCGUCAACCUCGGACUGGUCCAACCCCCUGUGUUUCUUUUCCGGCUCGAAAAAGCGCAAAGAUCGGCAAGAUGUCCUUCGCCUCGUCCUCCCGUACCAUUCUCCCCUCCAGGGCGCUCUCCGCCCUCGGUGGCACCCGUGGUGUCCUCCACCGUGCCCGCCCUCCCCGCAUGCCCUCAAUCCCGUCCCCCCACAACCCCAAAAAGCCCUUACCCACAUCCGGCACUUCCCACGCCAUCCCUUCUCCCCAGACCCCUUCCGUCCUCACCACCGCCUCCCCUCUCCUCGACUCUCAAGGUCUCGUCUUUCACCACACUCCGCCACCUUCAGCACCGAGCUAUAAGGCUGGAGGUGUGCCGGACUUUUUAAAAUGGACUGUGGGGAAGCAAGGGGUGAGGCUGAGUGGGGAGGAAGGGGCGAGCAGUAGUGAAGUUGGUGAGAGGGUGUGGUAUGGUGAAAAGGUGCAAUGGGGAGAGGACGUAGUGCUUAAGAUGAGGGAGCUGAGAGCGCAGGGUUUGUCAAGGAAGGAGAUCGGUGAUGCCCUCCAAAUUCCCUCCGCUCAACACCGUCUCAUCCCCCGCUACGCCCCUCUCGCCAAAGACCAAGCUCAGCUCAAAAAGGAGGAGCUGGCGGAGCAAAAGGCCAAGUGGGGAUUCAGGAAAAGGACUCUGCGGGGUAUCAGGGAGAAGAGGAGGGAGCUCUGGUAGACAUUUUGGCGAGACAAUGGGACAUCAGAGGAGAUAUGCACAACAUAUGAUCAAUAUA